UGGGAAACAUUUCUUUUCAUUGUAGAAUCAGGAGAAAGGCAAUAUAUAGUUGAAAUUUUGAAUAGGUACUGCAAUUUAGAGCAUUGUUAUGUUAAAUGCAAGGAAAUGCCAUGCAUUGAUUUAUGUUAUCAUUUAUAUAAAUGCAACUGCCCUGACAAUGACAAUGGCUUUUUAUGCAAACAUAUUCAUAAGGUACAUAGCAUGUGUACAAGCUACAGAAAUGGGGAUGAAUGUGGGGAAUCUAAUGAGACACUAUUUGUCAACCCACAGCAAGACUCUUCUCAGUCCCAAAAUGCCCCCGUUGAUCCAGAAACUCAAUAUAAGCAGAUAAAGAAACUUAUGCAGCAGAUUGAUAGUCAGCUGGAACAUUCAAAGGUCAGGGAAAUGAGAUUUCAAACUAUACUUCAGACAUUUCAAGCAAUAGCUGCUGGUAAUGAUGCAUGUAUCAACCUUUCAGAAGACACAGGGAAGCUCAAGGAGACUGAGAAAAUUUCAGGCAAUGCCAAUAAUAUUAUACAGCCUAGAUUUCAUACUACAGAAAAGAAAAAGGGAAGACCUAAAAAAGCUCCAUUGAGAAAACCAACUGAAGAGGAAAAGGAACGUUUGUUGAAUCAUCAAGACUUGCCACAGCCACCUUUAGAAGCACCUGUAAACACACCCUUACCAUCAGUUGCCCCAUACCCUCCUUUGAGAUUGGUGCACCCUGCCCCUUCCACCUCUACACAGCUACCUAGCACACCAGAACAACCAUUGUUUGAAGUGAAUGGUCAGAUGGGACUGCAGCCGUGGAUGAGAGUGCCACCAUCACUGAUGGGGAGAAGGAUCAAAGUCAAGACAAAGGAUGGGAAAACUCAAGUCUUGAUAUUCACAAAAGGAGUCGCGGAUACCGAUACAAAUAAUGAUGGUCACUAAGACUCGGAUUUAAAAAUAUGAAAUACAUUGUGAAAUUAUUUUUUUCUUUAAAUUUAGUCUAAGGUUAUA